ACGUUAAGCUUGUGUUUGUGGAAAAUUUUGACGUUUGAGUGCCAUUGUGUGUGAUCUGCGAAAACUCUCGAUCAACGGGGAAACUAUUAAUAAUCCAGGUCCAGUGAGUCACGCCGAUUAAAUAUACAAACCGCCCGUCAUGAUUCAAGCCUCCGAAAGAUGACAACUUAAAUGGACCAGAAGGCUCAUAAAAAGACCGACAACAAAGAGAACCUGCCACGUUCCGAAUUGAAGGCGCUGCACGAGCGGCUGGUCAAAGAGAACGCCGACCUCGACGUCAAGAUCGAUGAGUACAAGUCGCGGGGCGUCAGCACUGAUCUCAGGCCUCAGAUGAACGCUUUACACGAGUACAACGAGAUGAAAGACUUGGCGCAGGUCGUGUUGGGGUUCCUGGCCGAUGCCGAGAAUGUGUCCAUCACCGAGUUGCACCGCAGAUACAAUUUACCUACGGAUUAAUUGUUUUUUAUAUAGGAUUAAUUCAUUUAGUUAGUUUAAUUUCCCAUUGUUGUGUGGAGGAUGUCAGACACGUCCGAGGACACGAUCCAAGGCGAUAGACAGUCCGAAAAGGAUGAAAGCGUGUGCCGCGACUUCAUACGCGGUAUAUGCGAUAGAAAGUUCUGCAAGUUCAAGCACGAGCACGAAUCUAAAAUGUUGAACUUUUGCCACGACUUCCAGAACAGCGUCUGUCCUCGACCUCACUGCAAGUUUAUACAUUGUUCCCCAGAAGAGGUGGAGGACUACAAAAGGACGGGCGAGAUGUCCAAUCAAAUUUUGGCGGAGGCGACGAGGAAGAACCAGCUUCCUGGCACUCCACCGAUUUGCAAUCAAUUCAAGAAAGGGUUGUGUCGAAGGAACUUCUGCAAGUUCAGGCACUUGACGAAGGAACAGGAGGAGGCUGAAAUCAUGGAGCUGAUCCAAUCUAACGUACAAAGACGCUCUCAGAUGGUCUGCAACAAUAAUGUUAACGAGCCCCAGCUGGCCAUCGUCAACAACACUAAUGGUUUAAAUAGAAGAAAUGGUGUUAAUUUCGAGGAGUACCAGGACGUGGGGUUGCCCAUGGCCAAAAGAAGGUUCCUGUCACCUCAAGACGACCUCGAAAUCAAUCCUAUGGACCAAAACAGCGUCCGUUCCCUCGGUUUUAAGGGCUACUUUACCGGUAAUCCUCCGCCACCGAUGAUCAGCCGGGCUGACGCCCGGACUAUCAUGCUCGAAGAAGAGAACAGUCUGUUGCAUAAAGAAAUUGCACAGCUCAAACGUCAGGUGUCGGAUCUGACUGCCACCAACGAGUUCCUGCUCGACCAGAAUGCCGCACUGCGGGUUUCGGGAAAGCGCAACGGCAGCGUUAAUGUGCCCGCGGCGGUCACCAUCACCAACUCGAAUGCAGCCCCGCAGCAGCAACAAGUGAUUAGGACGGUGACGGCAAGUGUGGGCUCUGUUCCCGUUUCUUUGGCCACAGUGUCGACUUGUAAUCCGGUCUCCGGCAACACUGUGUCCAUUGCCGCUUGUCCCGCCGUCAGUAUUGCUUCGCCUGCUCAACUGCUGGCUUCUAGUCAACAAAUUCUCGUUACCACGAAUCCUCCGUCGCAACUGGCAAUAGCCAACAGUUCCCAGGCCCAGCAACUGGCUAUCGCCCAGCAGAACCUCGCCAACAACCUGGCCCAACAAGCUCAACCGCAAUUGACCUCACAGGCGCAGCAGCUGGCCCUGGCCACGACGACCCAACAGCUGACCUCGCAGGCGCAACACAUCGCCAAUCAGCAACUGGCGCUGGCCACCACGCCGCAGACGCAGCAAAUCGCCCUGGGCAACAACCCGCAGCAGCUCAAUCCGCAGCUGACGUCGCAGGCGCAGCAGCUGGCGCUGGCCAACUCCACGCAGCAACUCACGUCUCAGGCGCAGCAACUGGCUUCGUUGGCGAACACGCAGCAGUUGACGUCGCAGGCGCAGCAGCUGGCGAUGGGCAACACGCCGCAAGCGUUGGCGGUGGCGAACGUGUCGCAGCAACUUGCCCUGGCUGGUACCAAUCAGCAGUUGUUGGCCCAGCAAAAUCUGGCUGCGGCGGCCGCCUCUAAUCAGCAGAUUGAGUUGCACCGGACCAGUCAGAUGAAUGCCAUUAAUACCUCACAGACUAUAGCGAUGUCUAACGCGUCGCAGUCCAUGGUGUCGUAUCCGAUAAUGACUCAGAGUAUCAAUCAUGCUCUCACACACUGAACUUUAUUGUGGUACUCGGUUUCUAUAUUGUGCGGUGUUUUGGAGUUGAAGAACUUGUUAAUUAUGGUCAUGCUUUCUAUUUUCGAUUGACUAUACAAAAGUUUAGAGUAAUCAAAGACAAAACAGUACCUGCUUUAUACGAUUUAGUAUAUUAAUCUUGAAUUAUAAAAUAAAAUUGUGAUUUUUUUAAUUUAAUCAUUAAUUUUUUCCCUGAGACAAUCACAUUCUGUUUUAAGUGUCUUCCAAUUUUAAUUUUGAAUACCGGAAUUAAGUCAAAUUUGGAAUAAUCUUGAAAAUUUGGAAUUACUAUUUAAAUGUUGAACAUACUGUAUUUUGAGGCAAUAAAUAUAUGCAUUGAAUCACAAAAUGUCAGCGCUGCCACCGUAUAUUACUGUGGUAUAUGUAGUUAUAAAUGUGAUGUAAUAUAAAAGACUUCAGCAUCCAAAAUGCUACUGUGAAUUAGAUCUUAGGAAUUGUUAAUUUAUUUAGUGCGGAAUGCAAACAUUUGUAAAUAAUAUGGAAAUAAAUUAUUUAUGUGAUAAA